UGUUUGGCUUUUUCUUCCAAUCACAGAAUAUGAACUCUCUGACAUUAUAUUAGCUCUUCCUGUUUCUCAGGAUUAAAUUAAAGCCCUUUUCUCUGCAAUUUUUCCUGCAAAAAAUAGAUUGGUUCUUCACAUUCUAAAUUGGCAAAUCCUGAGAUUCCUUUGGUCCUUCUUUAAGCUGAUACAUAUACAGCAUAAACAGGCCAAAGUGGAUAACACCUACUUGCAGGGGAGUACGCAAAAGAAAUUGACAGGCCUUGUAUCCAUUUCAAGUAGUGGAUUAAUUAUAAGCUAGUAGUAGUCAGAGAUAGAGGCCUUUGGCUCCAUUUCUAGAGGUUUGAUCAGUGAAGUAAGAGGAAAUGAGUGAGUUUGGUUCAGAAAGUCCAAGGCCAUGGAAUAUAUACACAAGUUCAGAAUCACAAGCACAAGGGAAGAAUUUAGGGUCAUCGACGAAUGCCAUUCCAUUUGGAUUUGUAGCUACAGCUAUUCUCAUAUCCAUGUUUCUUAUCAUGGCUCUCUUUGAGCAUCUCUUUAAGCCUACUUCAGAUAGCGUCGACAGUUCCUUGGAAUCAGGGCCACAUGAGAAACUUUCAGGUUCCCAAAGAGUAUCAACAACAUCAUAUGCAUCGGAUUACACUGUAUUGAUGCCAGGACAGCAAUAUCCAACCUUCAUUGCCCAGCCUGCUCCACUGCCUUGUCCAAGGGAAGCAGUUUAUUGGCCUUCCCAUGAUCAUAUAUAGUAUUGCCUUCCCUUAGGUCAAUGAUUCUAAAGUAGUACUAAUCAUUGUUAUUACAUACUAAACUCUUAUGAAAUGAUCAAGUUGUCGUCGAAUUUUUCA